CGCAAGUGGUGGUGGUGGUGUUGCUGGAGCUCGUGGCCGCCAAAGUCGGCCCUGGGGACGGGCAGCCAUGCGAGCGCGAGACUUGUCUCGUCUGGUCAUGUCUUGCCUGGCGGGCGGGCCGGCCUGCUUCUGGCAGUGGGAGCCAUGACGAUCUGGUCAUCUGCCGUGCUGCAUGCGCCUAGCACCGGGACGCUGUUGCAUGCAGCAGCCGGGCAGGUCUGGUGAUGUCGUGUGGUGGCCCAGCCAUGCAGCCACGGCUAUCGUGCAGCUGCCCGAGCCCAAUCCUGGGCAGCGGCCGUGGCGAAUGGGUGCUCCCGCUCCGUCCUCUCUCCCCACCCAAACAAGAGCCACCCGCACACCUCGAGCGGCCAUUGUCAUCCACCACCGCCCGUCAGCAUCGCAUCCCUCUGGCUCGUCGAGCAACUCCCGGCGUCUGACAAAGAUCACUCCCAUUUUCUCACACCGCUUCCGGCUCCCGCUCGUGGCUGUCGGCGCCCUCUGUCGCGCAUAGUGGUCCCGCCAACGACAACGUAAGAAUAAGCAUGGCGUCGCAUAUGCCGCUAAGAUCUCCGCUGGUAUCAGGGCUCUGUUCCGCCCUUCGAUUGGCUGCCGGCGCCCUGCCCGCU